GAUAGAUUAGCAAGCGGCGCCAUCGACAGCUUCGUUGGUCAGUCUUUGGUUGUCACCUCCAGGCGUGUUCAGGCCGGCCAGCUAGCUAGCUAGAGCGGUGUGGUGUGGCCAUGGCCAGCCGCCGUCUCUCCCUGCAGCUGCGUCGACCGCCGUGCUUGCUCAUCGUCCUCCUCGCCGCGGCGAUGGUGGCGGCGCCGGCGAGGGCGGCGUGGGUGGACUACCCGUCGGGGGUGCCGUGCGGCGAGACGAUCCCGGUGGAGCAGUGCGACCCCAGCGACGCGGCGGCGAACAGCGCGUGCAUGGACGUGUGCCACUACGGCGGCUGCCGGCGCGGCGGGGCGUGCGUCUCCCUCGGCUUCGGCAGGGGCCGCGGCUGCCACUGCAAGUGCUAGCAAGCAGCUCAGCUGCUUUCUUUCUUCGAGCUGAUGAACCCAACUGAUCUGAGAGAUUCUGAGCUGAUCCGAUAUGCUAAUCACUUCAAUCAGGUUGAGCACGUAGUAGAGGAAGGAGCAAUUAGGAGUGAAUAAACGUACGGGCGCUAAUUAAGCUGCUGUUGUAGAUGCAUGCUUAGCUACUGUCCCAAUGCUGCCUUGCUGGUUUUCCCGCCCUUUUCGUUCCUCUGUUCUUUUUUUUUUUCUCUCCCCCGAUCUCCCGUGUUUUGUUUUGAGAUGGUUGCAGAUUAGGUUUGCUUUUGUUCUGUGCUGCCUUUUCUGUACAAAGCCUGAGUCGAGAGCUUUGAAGAAUGAACCGUCA